AUGACUUCGAUCAAGGAUCCCCAGAAGCUCUCCAUGAAGACCGCCAUUCGUCUGUUCAACCUCACCAUCGCGCCCACAGCAUCAUUGGUCUACCGCCUAGCAGACACGAGCCUGCUCAUUGAGGAUCUCCAGAAACCACUCAAUCUAGUCAAAACCGUAUCGUACGAGGAGUGUCUCCGAACAUGGGAAGGGAAGUUCGCCGACAUAGACGACGACUUCUUCAGCACCCGCGCAAUGACGGAUGAUACAUGGAAGGGCCUCGACCGCAGAAAUAGACAUCUCCUCACCCGAUUCGCGAUACAUGGAUUCCACCGCAAAAAAUGUCUGUCCGGGGGCUACCACGAGCCGAACGAAAUCUGCCGAUCCUGGCGAGCGACUGAUAUAUCGAGCUUCUCUGGGUAUUUCAUGGACAUCCAUGAAUGCCAGUUCAUCAUGAAACCGAAGAAAAUCGGCGGUGUGGCUGCUGUCGAGUCGGCGCGGGGACUUGGAGAGCGAAUCGGGAGACCACUCGAGGCUGGGAGUAUGCCGCGAAAUCCUGAUUCAAGGUCGAGGCCAAACGUGUUCAUAGCGAUUCCGAUCAGUGAUCCGCAGAUACAUUCGAAAGUCCGCGAGGUCCAGCGACGAUUUGUGGAAGCACUCCCGAAGGCUGAGAAGUACAUGGAGUCUACCAGGAAACACCACGUCACAUUGAACCUCACCGCAAUAGACGACGAUCGAAUAGGAGAGAUCUGCGCUCUUUUCAAGGAACACAUCAAAGAAAUAGUUGCGUCGCCGGCGUUGUCAAACUUCGAGAACUCCCAGCUGCACUUGAAGGAUAUCGAUAACUUCGAUUCCCAAGAAGUGAUAUUUUGUAAGCUUUCCGCCACUGGUUUCGACAUCAAUGCAGUCUUUGACAAGCUGAAUGAUUUCCUGAAGACAGCGAAGCUCCCUCUCCUACACAGAGCUGAGCUAUCGACCCACGUGACUUUAUUCAAGCUCCGGGGUAGGCGGGCAUUCAGCGCUGAGGACUGGAAGAAACUGCGGAAAGUUUACCACGAAGUUAAAAAGGAAAACAUCGAUUUCGGCGUUCAACCUGUCGGAGAGAUCCAAUUACUCCAUAUGAUGUUACCCAAGGAUCAUAACGGGUAUUACGCGGAGUUGGCCACAAGCUUAGCUAAAAAAUCUCUCUUGAGCAGAGAGAGUUUCGAUGAGUUGCACAGGGAAUGCUGUGUCCUCCCCCUUGGGCCCAGUAGCGGAUCCUCAUGAAUACAUUCCCAGAGGAAGCAUCGAUGUAAGGAAAAAAUCGAUUUCGAUGU